CCCCCAAUUCCCACCCACACCACUUUCCCCUCCAAAACCCUAACCCUAACCCUAAUCGCAUCAUCGUCUACUUCUCCUGACCUGCUCUAAUGGCGAGAACGAAGCAAACGGCGAGGAAGUCGACGGGGGGGAAGGCGCCGCGGAAGCAGCUGGCGACGAAGGCGGCGCGGAAGUCGGCGCCGGCGACGGGCGGGGUGAAGAAGCCGCACCGGUUCCGGCCGGGGACGGUGGCGCUCCGCGAGAUCCGCAAGUACCAGAAGAGCACGGAGCUCCUCAUCCGCAAGCUCCCGUUCCAGCGCCUCGUCCGCGAGAUCGCGCAGGACUUCAAGACCGAUCUCCGCUUCCAGAGCUCGGCCGUCGCCGCGCUCCAGGAGGCCGCGGAGGCCUACCUCGUCGGCCUCUUCGAGGACACCAACCUCUGCGCCAUCCACGCCAAGCGCGUCACCAUCAUGCCCAAGGACAUCCAGCUCGCCCGCAGGAUCCGCGGCGAGCGAGCUUGAGAUCGUCGUCGGUAAUGGCGGUAGGUGGCUUCGAUUCUAGGGUUAGGGUUUUGUUUUCUUUCGUUUCGUGGUGUUAAUGUAGGAGGGAAAUGGUUUCGGGUGUUUGGAGUUGUUUUCUUAAUGGAAAAACGGUGGAAUUAUUAUUGGAUUAAAAUGGAUUCUCUCUUAUUACUCUCUUAGUCGAGAUUUCAUGUGUGUUUUUUGCACGAAUGUCCCUGGAAAAAUACAGAAUGGGUGUUUUUGCAAACUUUGUGCUUGCAUUUAUUUGAUUAUGUAUGCAAAUGCAAGUUUUAUACUAGUCUCUGCACAAUUUCAUUUA